GCCUCCUCCCGACGAUGCCCUCCAGAAGGAAAGACGCAGCCUGGUAGGAGAAGCGCCAGACGGACGACGGGGAAGCCCACCAAGGCGACUCAAAACCCAACGGUCACUCCUCCCCCUCCCUCCCUCCCCCCGCCUUUCGCUUCUUUUUAAGCCUUUACUCGCUCCCCUCCCGCUCACCGUCUCUCACUCUCGUCGCAUCCACCCCACGGGCCACGACCACGAGGGUCCAGUCUAUCUGUGCUCCCCUCUCGCCGCACGCCACCACCCACAAGCGCAGUCGCUGGUCCUAGCCACCGGCCGGCGCUGUUCAGUCCAAGCCUCCGGCCUCCGCCGGCGGGUUCCCAAGACCCGCUGGAUUUCGCUGAGACAGCGUAGGGAGGGAGCAGCCAGCAGCAUUCGUCGACCGGGGAUGGCGAGGCAGGGCGGCGGCGCGGGCGAGGAGGAGGACGAGGAGCGGGCGGCGAGCGAGGCGGCGCUGACGGCGGACUCGGCCGACGAGGAGGGCCGCCGCGGGAGCAGCUCCAGCGCCAGCUCCGAGGCCGCCUCCAGCGUGUCCUUCACCUACACCGCGCCCGACGACUGGCAGAAGGUGGCCAUCAUCAAGACUUGCGUGUCGGCCGACGUCGCCGCCGCCGCCGCGCCCGGGGCGAGUGGCGGCGGCGAGGACGACGCGGCGGCCGACAGGCGCAGGGCCUCAGAGAUGGAGAUGAUGAAGGAGAGGUUCUCGAAGCUGCUGCUGGGCGAGGACAUGUCCGGGAGCGGCAAGGGCGUCGGCACCGCGCUCGCCAUCUCCAACGCCAUCACCAACCUCUGCGCGACCAUAUUCGGGCAGCUCUGGAGGCUGGAGCCGCUGCCGCCGGAGAAGAAGGCCAUGUGGCGGCGGGAGAUGGACUGCCUGCUCUGCGUCAGCGACCACAUCGUCGAGCUCGUGCCCACAUGGCAGACGUUCCCGGACGGGACUAGGCUGGAGAUCAUGACAAGCAGGCCACGGUCUGAUCUGUACAUCAACCUGCCUGCACUUCGGAAGCUAGACAACAUGCUCCUCGAAAUCCUGGAGGGAUUCAGGGACGCCGAAUUCUGGUACGUGGACCAAGGCAUCUGCGCGCCGGACUGCGACGGCUCGGCGUCGUUCCGGAGGACGUUCCACCGCCGCGACGACAAGUGGUGGCUCCCGGUGCCCCGCGUGCCCCACGGCGGCCUCUGCGAGGCCACGCGGAGGCAGGUCGAGCACCGCCGCGACUGCGCCAACCAGAUCCUCAAGGCCGCCAUGGCCAUCAACAGCAACGCCUUGGCCGAGAUGGACGUGCCCGACUCCUACCUCGACUCGCUGCCCAAGAAUGGGCGCGCGACGCUGGGCGACGUCAUCUACCGGUACAUCACCUCGGACCAGUUCUCCCCGGACUGCCUCCUCGACUGCCUGGACCUGUCGUCGGAGUACCAGGCGCUGGAGAUCGCCAACCGCGUCGAGGCGUCCAUCUACGUGUGGCGCCGGAGGGGCGGCGCCGCGAAGCCGGCGAGCCGCGCCGGCGCCAAGUCGUCGUGGGGCAUCGUCAAGGACAUGAUCAUGGACACGGAGAAGCGAGACCUGCUCGCCGAGCGCGCCGAGGGCCUCCUGAUAUCCCUGAAGCAGAGGUUCCCCGGGCUCACGCAGACGAGCUUGGACAUGAGCAAGAUCCAGUACAACAACGGUUAUUCAGCUGAUGUCUGGCUUGAACCUUUUUGUUUGUCAUGUUCUUCAGGACGUGGGGAAAUCGAUCCUCGAGAGCUACUCGAGGGUCCUGGAGAGCCUGGCCUCCAACAUCAUCGCACGGAUCGACGACCUGCUCAACGUCGACGAGCUGAGCAAGCUGUCGGACCACCUCCCCGCCGGCGGCGCGGACGGGAACAUCGCCUGCAAGAACAGCAGCAGCAGCAAGGCCACGGCGGUGCCCGCCUCGGGCACGCCGUACGCGACCGCGUACGCCACGCCGAGCUUCUCGCCGGCGCAGCUGUCCAGCCCGUCCAAGAUCGGCAGGGCCCUGCUGGUCGACCGCCGGUCGCACCACGCCAAGGGGGCCGGAGCCAAGAGAACAGCGACGUCCGCUGCUUCUGACCGCGCCGGCGUGGAGGUCGUCAGGGGGAUGCUGCUCGGCAGCAGCGCCGUGUUGGACAUCCCGACGGCCGUCACGGCAGAGCUGUGAAGAUCCGGGGCAGACGCUGGGUUCAGAUGAGGUCGCCGGCGGGGAGGCCUCUCUGUGUAUACUUACCUCGUGUCGGCGUCAGGCGUGCCCGCUGUCCAGAUUUGUUGUUGCGUGCUACUAGUUUUUAGGCAUCCGAGGGCGAUUUCUCAUGUUGCCGUUUGCCGCCCUCCGUUUGUAAUGCUUGGCACGGUGUCAUGUUAGUUCUGCAAGUCUUGGUAUGCUAAGGGAGUUGCCUUUCGAUGUUCA